GUUUAGCUCCAGUCAAAUUUUUUUCUCCAGGAAAAUUUACACGUGGCUGAUCAUCAGAGUCAACUGAAACGCCAAAGCGACCCAUCCAUUCAGUUUUCACCUUUCGGAAACCGUUACGUAUCAGAUUCUCCCAGCAAAGUUCAGCAGUUACCGGUAGCCACCAGAUACUGCAACUGUACGAGCGAAAACCUGGUUCAGUUGUUCUGCAUGUACAGAUACUGGUGCGUUUGGGGUAAAACGUUAUUGUAAAGAAUGUUGAUUGACAAUUGGGCUAAGCGCAAGCUGCACUUGGUGAUUCUUCCUUCGCUUCUUUUGUGGCAACUGGCAGAGGGUUUCCAAGAAGAUCCGCAGCCAUUCAAUUUCACUUUGAAUUUCGACCUAAGUCCAAUGACGCUGCGCGAAUGUAAUGCCCGGCCUGUGAAUAACUGCGGACCAAAGUCGCUAGCUCUGUCAAACUGCCGCUACCUGCAGAAGUCUUCGCGCAGCCGACAUAAAAGAGAUGCUACAGGAGUGAAUGCCUGGACGUCCGCCGUAGACAGAUCGACUGCAGCGACGGGUAACUGGGUGUCAUAUUUGGUCAAAAUGGGAUUACUCAAGAAUGCCAGCGGGGAAAUUAUAAACAGUCACGUUACCCUAGACUGCUGGAAUGUAGAGGCCGCUACCAAGCAGGAAUUUGUGAAACAAGUUUCGGCUAUAAAAAAGCGUAGUCCCCUUCGAGCCGUGAAAGCCACCAUUCAGAACGAUGACUUCUUCUCACCAGACACGAUUGGUUUAAUUGGACAACAAGUCGUUAUUCUAGUAUUGAGAAGCCAAUCAUCAAACAUCACAUCCAGAAUACCCGCACUUGAUAUGAUUAACCUUCUGGAUUUGACCUUUAAGGAUUGUAUGGGGCUGUUGGUACUGAAAAAAAGCGAUUUCACUCCAUUGCGGAAUGUUCGGAUAAUUCUCUUUCGGGGUGUGUCUGCAGUGGCUUCUGUAGAGCGCGAUACGUUUACUGAUUUGCCCGAUCUGCAGUUUUUGGACAUAGACGACAGCAACAUUCCUGGUUAUAAUGAUACCGAGCGCGUGAGCGCAAUGACCAGGUUAUACCGCGAUCCGCAGAACGACUGGCUAUGGGCAUGGCUGGAUUGCCAUCCGAAAAUGCCCGAGCGUUAUGACAUGGGGGAAGUAUACAAACUGGGUAGUUUGUUCAAUGCUCCACUGGAGAAACUCCGACUCACAGGUUACUUGUCUAAAUGCCCCAUGAAGGCACCAGUUGAAGAAGGCGAAACGAUCACGAUGUCAUCAGAAGAAGAAUCCUUUUCUUUCACCUAAACCGUAAGACAGCCAACCGGAUGUUGGAUAUUACUAAAAUGAUGUUACACAGAUUUUAGCAAAGAUACAGAUUGAUAGCUAACUGUUUCAGUUAAAUUUGCGAUAUCGGAUAUAAUCGCAUGAACAUUUUCCAUGUUAGCAGAUCAAAAGUUAAACCGUUGACCAGUUAACGUUUUCAUUAUUUUUAUGUGGACAUUGUUUGGACACCUAAAUCCGUUCCCGCUGCACUGUUUGUCAAAUACACUUAAUAGUCAAUACUGUGCAGUAUGCCAUUAAUAUGCUCGAUAUCC